AUGAAUUACAACCAGCAAUAUUUUACCAAUUUUGAGGGUGAUUGGAACUUUAUCUCUGUUAGCAAUACACAAGAAAUCAACGAUGAUUAUUACUGUGAUUUUCCAAAUGAAUACUUUUCAAGUGAUUUUCAAAGCUGUUUAAAAGAAAAGGAAGAAAUUAAUCUUGAGGAACUUGAUGAUUUCAAUAGAGUACUUUAUAAUACAUUUUUUGGAUACGAAGAUGUUAACAACAAUAAUGGUAGUACAGAGGAAGAUUGUAAAGAAUAUGUUUUUCCUUAUAAUGGAGCACUUUAUUCUCAGGAUGGAUUGCUUGUUGAACCAGUAUUUGAUUCUUUCUCUAGUCUUGGUGAAUUUUGUGGGUAUUCUCCUCUUCCAGAAGAACCAAAUGAGUCUUUUUCAGAACAAAUAGAAUGUUUAAGUUCACAUAGAGAUAAAAUUUUAUAUUAUAGAAGAGAUGAAAAUAUACCAUUUUUUUUAAAUUAUGAUAGUAAAAUUGAAAGUUUGAAUUUAGAUUGCGUGGAUUGUCCAACUUUUUCUAAUGGAAAUAAUAAUAGAGAUGUUGUUGGUUAUGAUAGUUGUUACAUAAGAAGUAUAUCUCCACGUAGUAUGGAAAUGGAUUUACCAGCUUUUUUAGAUGAACAAAGGAGAAUCAGAAAAAGAAAAAUGAGAAUGAGGAGAAGAUUUAUUAAACACUUCCUAUUUAGUUGUCUGAUUUAUGGGCAUUAUAAUUUUUUUAUAAAACAUGAAGAUAUUUUUCAUAGUAUACUUAAUAAAAAUAUACAUCUUGUUGAUGAUGAAUGGAGAUUUUCAUAUUUAAAUGAUAAUAUUAUUGGAAAUUGUGAUUAUCUUGAUAAUUUAUCCAUUGAAAAUAAAAUUAUUGGUUCAGGAUGGAAUAAAAAAGUUGUUGCAAUUGACUCUAACAGAGUUUUAAAGAAAAUAAAUUUAGAGGGGAAAACAUUUUCAGAAUGUUUUUCAAAUUAUCCCGGAAAUACCAUACGUCAAAAGAAUUGUAUCAAAAAUUUAGCUAAAAGUUUUAUAAAUGAAAUAGGAAAUGUAAUGAAUUAUCAAAAUAUUGAUAACGUACCGAGGGUGUAUGCUUAUUGCAUUCCAAAAGAUUAUGCAGACUCUAUUGACAAGCUAUUUAUUGUUGAAGAACGAGGGGAUAAACUUGACAUGAUAAAAUUAGGACAAAGUACUAUUAAAGAAAGACUACAAAUUUUUGAAAAUUUAUUUAAUUUUUUAUUGACAAUAUUUCCAUUAAGGAUAAAUGAUUUUAGAAGGCAGCAAUUUAUCAUUGUUAAAAAUACACCUAAACUAAUUGACUGGGAUGAUGUUAAUAUUGCUGGUAAAGAAGAAUGGAAUAAGUACACAGGAUGUAAAUUUUUUGAUACAUUUAUCAAACUUCAUUUAGUAUAUGAGAAUGAAGAUAAAAUUAUCGGAAAAGACAAUUAUUUAAAUAUUUUAAAUAAAAUGAAAUUACUUUCAAAUAUAUGUUCUCAAAAAGAUAUCAAUGGAACUGUUAUAAAUAAUAUUUUUGAAAUAUUAAGUAUAACAAAAAUGUCAUUAUAG